UUUUAACUGCCCUGCUGGACAAGGGUGGUGUUUCUUUUAAUAUAGUCCCCCAAGUCUUGCCCAAUAUACUUCCACUAGUACCAUUCCUUGUUUUAGGCGGAGGAUCUAAUCUACUGCCUUUCUAAGUGUAUACCACAUAGUCUAUAUUGCAUGACUGAAAAUAUCUGGACAUUACCAUCUUGUCCAACCCCCUCUUACAAACAUCAAAGUACUUUUGCUAGUGCCGGCUUCCAUAUUGCGAAUUUGCCUAUCAUUCCCUGUGGAAAUUAUAUCAGCCAGAAGGCUACUUCCAUUGAUCUAACCAUCUACUGGCCAUCUACUACCCAAUCUUGCACCUCUCAAUUUUCCAUCGCACUAUAUCAGUCGUGUUAAAAACUUUCUCUACCCCCAAACAACCAAAAUGUUCAAUCCCAACGUCCCAGUUCCAGGCCCUCGCAGUCGCGAUCCAAUCGUGAUCGACGACGAAAGCGAAGAUGAAGACAUGAACGUCGAUUACCCCGGACGCCAAACCCAUCCACGUGGGAUCGAUCCCAGAUACGACUCCGAUCGCAUGCGCGGCCCACUAACAAACCACCACACGACUAUCGAACAGGAAAAAAAAGUGCGCAGUCGUCUCCGCGAGGAAAGACAUGCUGCGCUUUGUGUCCUGAUGGACCGGGAACUCCUCACUAUGCAGGCAUUGGCUGCCCAAGAGACCCUCCCACAAGCGCGCCGUCGCUUCCUUUCUAAGCUCAUCGCCCCUGAGGACCCCGAGGUAGCGGCCUCUAUCCGCUCCGACCUCUUCCUCGUCCAGAAUCCCUCUUCGUCUUCAAAUAAUCAACCUCUAGUUGUGCACCGGAGUGUUGUUGAUGUUCAUGAAACUGACGAUGAGGGGUGGCGACGGCCCGCCGAUGCCGGUGGAUCGUCGUCGGCGUUCUCGUCGCCUGCUUCGUCGUCGAAGAACAAGGGGCGGUUGUCGACGCCCGAUAAGACGAGAGGGAAGGGGAAGGCACCGCCUAGUUUUGCUUCUGGGUCGGCGGGUCGCGGACAGCAGUUGCGAGAAAGGGAGAGGAGGAGGAGGUGGAGUGGUGCUGAGAGGGAGGACUAUGGGAUUUCGUCGCCUUGAGUUCUUUCGAUCUUAGUUCCUUGGCGUUCAUUACUGUUGUCUUGGGAGGUAAUGAGAUGCUCAUUAUGGAUUAUACAU